UAUCCCAAUUUAAUCCUCAAUUUUAAUUUUGUAUCAAGACAAACAAUUUUUUUUUAAAUACAUCAGAUAGAAUAUGCUAACUAGAGGCUUAAAGAUUUUUCAUCUCUGACUUGAAGAUGUAACAAAGUGUUUAUAUGUAGAUUGACCCAAUAUUUACACUGAUCUAGACUUCAUGAAGACAAGUAGUCUUUGUAACUUGCAUUUAAAUCAAGCAGAAAACAAGACAUUGUGGUGUUAAGAAGGUUCGUUUUCAUUAUCUAACAAAGUGAAUAGUUAUUAAGUUUAUAUGGUAUUAAUUCGAGUCAACAACAAUUAUCAGGACUAGAAGGGACUUUAAAAAAGCUGACUUGGCGAGUUCGCUAUAGCGUUUGAGUUAUGUAUAUCUAAUGAAUACCAUUUUACUGGAAAUAGAACAAACAGAAGAAUGUUGUCAAUUUAUGGCUGUCUGUCCUUUAUAAAAUAAUGUAACAUUUCAAUGGGAAAUUACAGGAUCAUCACUUUAAAAAUACAUCGAUAACAGAAGACAUAUUAAGGUCUACACAUUUUGCUCAAUGAUAAUUGUCUUGUAUAGAAACAAACUAUGCUAGUAAAUUUUAAACAAAAAAAGACAAGGUUUUGGCUAUGUAUGUCCUUCAUCCUUUAUGUGUUAGCCAUGAAUGUGUGUUCCAUAUUAAAAAUAAACGAAGUCCAAGAGUCAGUUGAUCACAUAAAUCACACAUACAGACAUUCCAAAAGAAGUAGAAUGGGAUCAAUGGCAGAUACUGAGAGUCAUCAGAUCAAGUACAGUCGUUUAAACGUAGUUGUCAGCGAAACUGAAGCGUUGCAACACCAGCCAUGUCAGAACACAAACCGUGCAGCUGAUGCAAAGUUAUCUACACUUCAUGUGCUAGAUUCUCCGGAUAAAGUGUAUGACAUCGGAGAAAAGAUAUAUGUACUAGCAACAUUAUUUGACUCUUAUGGAGGACAGAAAUCAACUGGUGGUGACCAUCUCCGUGCAAGGAUAUUUAAUUCAAAAUUAAAUGCUUCUGCACCGGGAACAGUAUAUGAUCAUAAAAAUGGAUCAUACACACUUAUCUUUGAAGCUUUAUGGAGAGGGAGGUCUAUGAUAUCGGCAUCAGUAGCAUACACAAGAGAAGCAAUAACAGCUUUAUAUCGAAUGUUCUACGAGGUAGUUUCCGUCAAAAAUAUUCUGGCGAGGUACAAAUUUCAGAACUACACUGAAGAUGCUCUGUGCCAUCCCGAUGUGAAUCAUUUACUUGCUUGUACCAAAUACAAGGAUGCAUGUAAUUUCACAAGGUUAAAUUCAGAUAUGCCGUGGUACUGUGGAAAACCGCAGAAUCCGAAAUUACAAUGUAGUGACUGGAAAUUCGUGAAAAGUUUACCUUCGAAAUUGCCUUCUUUUCUCAGUAAAUGCGAAAAGGAGCUACUAGAUUACAGAUCUCACCAAGGUUUUACCAGUGUCAUUAACGUAACAGUGAAGAAACCUAAACAGAAUCAGGGAAGAGAAAUUUUGCAAUAUUAUCAACCAAGCAUUCCAUGCGCCAAAUACAAAUCAAGUAAACUUUGGUACAAAAAAUAUACUACUGGAUAUUUCUUCCAAGGCCGUUGGAAGCUCACACAUUGCAAAGGUUUAAAUAACGCCAACAUUCAGGAAUGCAUGAGAAACAAAAUACUUUACCUUAUAGGAGACUCCACAACAAGGCAGUGGUACACUUAUAUUCGUGAGCAAUAUGCCUGCAUACAGUUUACAGAAAAAUGGACAGACAAAAAAUGGAAAAGACCUGCUGGCUGCAGAAUUGAAAGCAAUAAUUUUACUGUCAAAAUAGGAUUGCACUGUCAACCUUUUCAUGUUGGUCUUAACUGGAUGGACCCGAAAUAUACCCUGAUAUCGAUAUCAAAACAACUUGACUUAAUAUCAUCAAAUGAAGAGGCAAUAUUUGUAUUUCAUAUUUUUGCGCACAUCAGAUCGAUUCAUUUUGAACAUUUUAGGAAUAAGAUGCGAAUAAUUCGUGCUAGUAUAGAGAAACUUUUACAAAGAAAUAACAAAGUAAAAAUAUUCAUCAAGAUGCCUCAUACAUUUACACUGCAGAGCCCUGGGUUGUACGAUUUUUUGGGAUAUGUUUUUACGCAAAUUUUAUUUGUGACAUUUAAUGGGUUGUAUGAUAAGGUUAUUGUCUUGGACAAUAAAGACGCGACCAAUUCAGUUGCUUCAGCGACUAUGCACCCAGAUCGUUUUAUUGUAAGUGCAAUGGUAGAUCAGUUGUUUAGCUAUCUUUGCAAAUAAAAAUAUUAUUACGAAACGAUGAGACCGGUGUAGCGUGAAAUUUGACGGACCGUUAAAUCGUUCAGAAAGAAAACGUUUCUGGCAGAUAGAUUUCACGCUGCAGCCGUGAAGUAGCUCAGCCCGGUGAGAUUCAUAAGACAAAUAAAGAUAAUCGAAUGGAAUCGAUAAAUACUGUUACAGAAAUCUAGUCACGAUCCUGACGAACGUUGAUGUUGUAGCAUUGUUGUUAAGUAUAGUCUGCCUAUAUAUCCAAAAAGAGGCCUAGAAAUUGCCUUUGAUGGCAUUUUCUGUUAAUGCCCGACAGCCAUGUUCAUUGUUAACUUUAUAAAAAUUGAAAACUUUUCAGGGGGGCUGUCGCCUUCUAAGGGUCAUAGUAAGGUCACAGCACAAGGUCAAAGGUCUGUAAGUGCAUUUUUGUUAUAAACUUCAGAUUUUUGCCGUUUUUCCUACAUUCUGAUACAAACUUGUAUUUUUUGUGACAAUUAUGAAUCUGAAAAGUAAAAUAAAUUACUUCUAAUAGAUUUAUUGCAUUUGAGACUGGCAAAAUUUAAAACAACGAAGGUUAUUUCUAAAGAAUAAGCUUAACUGUUCGUAUGUUCUGAUAUUUUGUUCAUUUAUGAAAAUUAUCUUUCUCGUGUUUCUAAAACUUCCGUUUUCAGACUAACAAUUUCCAUAAAGGCUGGUUGGUUACCUGUAUGAUUGUCUGUUUGAACAGUACAGGUAGAAAAAAAUCUAUGGCGCGUAUUUAAUAAAGACUAGUACAGUCAAACUUCGUUUGCUCGAAUUCGGAUUAUCCAAUUACAAACAUAUACUACUUCUGACCCGAACUCAGCGUCAGGGCUGCAUAAAGUAUAUUUCACGUUUGCCUGUACUACUGAUAUCUCGAAAACAUUUUGCUUGUCCGUCGAGCUCUAGCAAACAUAUUGUGACAGAUCUAAAGUUCCUUUCGGAAGCAUAUAACUCAAGGACGUAAAAAUAGCAAAAUCGGUUUGAUUAAGUCUGUUUGCGAGAUGUGCAAAUUCUCGCAAGCAUUACCUAUAAUGAUCUAUGCUGUCAAUCAAAACUCUAUUCAAGUGGUUUACGCUUGUGCUGUAGCAAUUUCAUGAAUGUGUAGGCAUCUAGAAAUACUACCUAAGUGUAAAUAUAAAUGUCAUAUAACCGCAAAUGUUAUAUUUUUGUGUGUUUAUUUUUUAUUUAUUUUGUUUCUCAUUCCAUUGGCAUGAAAAUGGUACUUUUCAUAUUUUUGAAUCAGGUAAAAAUAUUUCUUGCACUUUAACAUUAGGCUAUUAUAAGAACUGGUAUCCGCUCUUCCAGUGUUUCCAAUAUCUAAAAUUUUGUAACUAUUUGUUUAUUUUUGUUCUAUAGAUGUCAUAAGUUCAAAAAGGCUUGAUAAUUGUCAGUGAAUUUGAAAGUAUAUCGAAUGAUAUUAGUAUGAUCUUUAUGACUGUGAAUAUAGGAGCAAAGCAUGUUUAUUUUCCUGUUACAAAACCUUUAGAUUUCCGAGAGAUUGGUUGGUGAUAAAACCCAGUAGAGCAACUUACCUAUGUAUCACAAAGGAAUCUACUGAUGUUAUAAGAUAGACAAAUGUGAGCUUACGCUAUUGUAGCCUUAAACGUGUAAAAAUAAAUAUAUUGUCAAUUUUAUUCAGUGCGGGAUGCUAGAAUGAACUACACUUAUACAGAAAUAACUUCUUACCCAUAUAUAAAAAAAUGAAUUAACGCCAUAACACUUCGUAAGCUUUACAUCUAAGCCUGACAUAUUCAAUAUUUAUUAUAAACCCAUAGUUUUGAAUUUCAAAUCCCUUCUUCAUGCUCUUCUCAUUCUGCAGGGAGUUAUUUUUUCGCGUUGUAUAUCUCUUGGUAACUAUCGAACCACCAUAUUUCAUCAUUUUGAUUAGCUGAACUAUCAUCUGUCAGUAAUCAUGAAAAUACCUCGCUGAAUGAGCCUCAAUGUUACUAUUAUAAAAGAUUAUAAAUCAACCUUCUGAUGUUUUAUAUAUGUACCCUUAUUUUUACAUUUUAUUUGUAAAACAUAUGAAUGACUAAUGUUUCGGUGUCAAGACACAAGCUUUGUUUUCACAAUUUUAUCAAGGACAUCCUGUCUGAAAUCUAGUGUCCGAUCUGUAAAUUGUUACGAUCUGAUUCGUUUUCAUCAUUUGUUUUGAUCAGGAAGUAAGAGUAUAGAAGCAAAGCCAAAGAUGAAAAAAAAUCGAAACAGAAAUGGCGUGCUGUAUUUACAGAAUAAAAUGAUGUAAAUAUCGCAUUAAGAGCGUCGGUGAGAGAAAAUCUAGUUCUUGAAAUGUGCUACUUAAUUGCAAAUACACAAAAUAUGAUGAUUAUAUGACUGACCGAUAGUAACAAAAAAAAAAGAAAUAUAUUACAGAAUAUCAAGGGAAUAUUGUAUAUAUUAACUGGUUGAAAUCCUACAGAUCUGUUUCGUUUAGUUUAUGGCCGUACAUGUACUGUGUACACCUAUGAUAUGACCAGUAUUUCCAUUAUUCUUCUAAAUUGGUUCUAUUUAACCACCACCCGUGUGGACAAAUUAACAUAAAUAUAUACCAUGUAAUGAAUCAAUACCAGAUUUAAAAUUAUUUUAGGGGCUGGAGAAGGAUUCCAUAUUAUAUUAUAUAUGUUACUUUCAACAGUAUUUCAGUCAUUUAACGGCGACCAAUUAGCCUAGUCAGUGUUCUGAAGUCGCUGAAAGUAGUAGCUAUUUCCCCGCAAGUAACUGCAAACUCACGACCCAGCGAUCCUUAGAUCUACGCCAUACUGAUUGAGCUAAAAUACUUGUUUGUAUACAUGAUUUUAACUAUAUAAUGAGAACUUUAUACAUUUAUAUGUAAUUCAUUUUCAGCUGUAGUAUUCUUCCACAAAACCAGUCAUAUUUUUUCUUUCGCACACGUUUUUCAAAAGGUGUACAAUAUGAAAAUAUUCUUUUUAUAGUCAGUACAAAGCUUAAAUUCAAAUUUUAUUGCUGCCUGAAAUGCAAGAAAUGCAUUUGCAGUGUCAUUUUAUAAUUAUAUGCUCAACAAUUUUUCUAACUCAAACAAAUUUUCUAACCCUGACUUUUGUUUUUAUCUCUAACAAAUUUUGACAGAUUUCAAUGAAAAUGGAAAGAUGAAAUGAAAAUUGGAUACAUUGUUUAAUGACCAUUUCAAUUAAAUAGGCGCUAUCAAUUGUGCGUACAUUCGU